GCGGCUCCCUGCCCGCCUCCCAGCAUCACUGCUCCACUUUCAUCACUGAGCUGCACCUGCAGCAAACACUCACAGCGCGUCUUGUCGGUAGCUAUAGCUCUACCUCUCCUCUGCAGAAAGCCCAAACCUUUUGCGUGUCAAGUCAGUGAGUCAUAGUCAGCCCGGUGAUGUGUGACGGUGCUGGCUGCAGAACUGGACCUGGGCCCUAACCUGAGGAGAAAGAGUGAUAGUGGAGAGAAAGAGAGAGAGAGAGAGAGAGAGAGAGGAGCAGAGAGCGCGCGAUCAAGGCAAGAAAGAGAAAGAGACCGUGCUUACUUUGGAGUUGCCGAGAACCGCGUGACAGUGCUGCUUGGGCCGGGCUUCAUAAAGUGUGUGGGGUGUGUGUGCGCGCGCGCGUGUGUGAGGGUGUUCCGUGUCUUUUGGAGUCCUUAUUCCCGGUCGCUUGAUUUCAGUUUGCAGAUGCCGACAGAUGUGCCCGAAGACAGGCUCAACAUCGAGGAGAAAGCGACGAAGUGCGACAGUAUGACUCUGUCCAGCACCCCAACUGUGCGCAGAGGAAGCACUCCUCUGCCAAUUAAGCACCAGCUGAGACGAGAAGAAGCUGUCCACGAUGACUGCGAUUGGACAUCAGGUGCAGCUGGACCUUCUGCUUCCCCAAUCACCUUCAGCCCAGCCUUGGAUGACACUCUGACCGUGGCUGUGGAAGGCAGACCUGAUGGGCCUUUAAGAAUUGCCUUGCUGGGGCAGAACGGUGUGGGGAAGUCUUCUCUGGCCAUCGCCCUUGCUGGGGACAUGGACAGGACUGCGUCUGUGGACUCUGAAGGGGAGGGUUAUGUGCGCACAGUCACCGUGGAUGAAGAGGAGAGCACCAUCAUUAUCUAUGACAACUGGAGACAGGACCUGUCGGCUCUGCUGUGUGAGGUGUGUGUCCUGGUGUUUUCCGUGACUGACAGGCGUAGUUUCCACCGCACUGCUCAACUCCGACUUCUCCUGAGGGAGACUCAGCCCCAAACUCCCAUCAUCCUCGUCGGUAAUAAGAGUGACCUCGUUCGCACACGUGAGGUCACCUGUCAAGAGGCCAUGUCCAGCGCUGCCCUCUUCAACUGUCUUUAUCUGGAGAUCUCUGCCUCUCUGGACCACCGCACUCCAGAGCUCCUAGAGUGCGCUGUGCGGCUAGCCCGGGGCCAGCCCCCCUGGCCCCCAGGAACCAGUAUGGAGGACAUGAGCGGCGGAGGCCAACGUGAGAGCAUCACCUCCCGUGCCAAACGUUUCCUCUCCAGCCUGGUGCCCCGGUACCCACGAGAGCGAGAGGUGGGCAAGUUCCUGAGGCAGAAGUCCCGCUCGUGCCACGACCUGGGGGCGCUGUGAUCGGGCGCCACAGGAAGUUUAAGGGUUAGAUUGUUAACAGAGGUAGCUGGAAGGGAUGUAGUGUACCAACAAAGAGAGGAAGAGGGAGUGAUACAGCAAAAAAAGAGGGGAGCAACAGAGGUGGUGUGAAGGUGCCAGAGUGGCAGGACAAUGUUGUGAGUGAUCAUCAUGUGCAUCCAGCAGAGGAAAACAGGGAGGAUGAUGUUGAUAGGCUGAUGGAGAAAUGUUGUACACCAGACCAAGAAGCGAUGAGAAGGUGGAGGAUAAAAUGCUGUUGUAGAGCACAUGUAAAUAAACUAUCGUAGUGAUACAUAACUGCCACCCUCAUAGCUUUGACAACUAAAUAAAUUGUUUUUUUGAGUCUUGAGAAA